UGCUGUUGAAUGUAAGGUCGACGCUGACUGCACAUGCCCUAACCAUGGAGAAAUUGCAUCUUGUAACCAACAUAUGUGUCAAUGCACACACGAUCAUGGAGGUGUCGGGAAAAGGGAAACUGUUGCCUGCACUAAUGUAACAACUUGUACCACUCUUUGUGCCCCAAACGUUGGUGAAUGUAAGCAUGACAAAUGCCACUGUCAUCACGAGACUCCUCGACGUGCUGUUGAAUGUAAGGUCGACGCUGACUGCACAUGCCCUAACCAUGGAGAAAUUGCAUCUUGUAACCAACAUAUGUGUCAAUGCACACACGAUCAUGGAGGUGUCGGGAAAAGGGAAACUGUUGCCUGCACUAAUGUAACAACUUGUACCACUCUUUGUGCCCCAAACGUUGGUGAAUGUAAGCAUGACAAAUGCCACUGCCAUCACGAGACUCCUCGACGUGCUGUUGAAUGUAAGGUCGACACUGACUGCACAUGCCCUAACCAUGGAGAAAUUGCAUCUUGUAACCAACAUAUGUGUCAAUGCACACACGAUCAUGGAGGUGUCGGGAAAAGGGAAACUGUUGCCUGCACUAAUGUAACAACUUGUACCACUCUUUGUGCCCCAAACGUUGGUGAAUGUAAGCAUGACAAAUGCCACUGUCAUCACGAGACUCCGGCACACAGAGCUGCUUGUACGACUGCUACUGACUGCGUAAACUGUCCUCACGGAACUAUAGCAGAAUGUGACGCACACCAUCAGUGCCAAUGUAAACAUGACAAUGGUAAUCCAGUAGGGAAAAGACAAGUUAUGUGUCAUAAUAAUGCAGAGUGUGCCGCUCAUUGUAGUCCUCAUAUUGGUACAUGUAAUAAUAAUACGUGUCAUUGUCAUCAGCAUUAGUGCUGGACAA